UUCACGGACUCGUAUAUAACAAAGCUAGCUGACCUAGUUCUUUCUCUGGUUGUGAUAUCUCCUGGGCUGGUUCACUACUCGCAGCAUUUUUUUUUUGUUUCUCUACCGAAUGACUUAGUUUGCAUUUCGGUUGUUUUAUUUCAUCCCCUAUUUUAUCUAUCCUUUACCUUGUAUACUACAUUCCUUGGUCAUACAUAUCCAGAAUUCAAUUGUAGAAUAUACCCUCUUUUUUUCCCCUACUCUUCUACACACCCAAGAGUUGUCACAAUGAAGGCAGUGCAGGUCCUGUCCUUCUACUUCGUCGCCGUCCUCGCGGCUCGCGAUUCGAUUCAAAACCACCUCGCACUCGGCAUAUGUCGGUCACCACUGCUGCCGCUGUCAUUCCCAGAACUGACGGACCCGAUUUGCUCAACUGCGGACGUGAUCGCCCAAAGGCAGGCCGCCGGUGGGAGACACAUUACUGACGAGUCAUCGCCGUGGACGUCAAUCAGCAACUGCGCGCGCAACGGAACGGGGCCGACAGAGUUCUGCGUCUUCUACGCCGGCGGCUUCGCCAACAACAGAGGAGUGUCAAUCAUCACCAGCCCCGCAAGGGCCAAGAGCAUCGCGAAGCUGCCAGCUUUCACCAACCCGGAGCUCACAGCACACACCAACAAGGAUCUUGACCCCAACUACACGGCGGUUUACAAGUCAGUCAUGGUCCCUGGAAAGGGAGUUGGUUUAGUUGCCGCCAGGACGCUUUACCGUGGCGAUCGCAUAAUGAGCAGUACGCCGGCCAUCGUGAUCGACUACGGCUUCUUCGAGACGAUGCCCAAGAAGAUUGUCAGAGAGAUCCAGACCGCUGCAGUCGACAUUCUCCCCGAAAACCACCGCCAGCUGCUUCUCAACCUGUCAAGUCACGAUGGUCUUUACGAGAACUACCAACAAAAGGUCGACAAGAUCUUGUCCACUAACGCCUUCGACAUCGACGCCGACCCGGAAGGCGACAACGAUGACCAGUUCUACGUCGUCUUCCCCGAGAUAUCUCGCUGCAACCACGACUGCCGCCCGAACGCCGACUAUUACUACGACCCCGAGACCCUGACCCAGCACGUCCACGCUGUCCGCCAGAUCAACAUUGGGGAGGAGAUCUCGUUGUCGUACCUUGACCCUCUGCAGAGCCAAGCCGCCCGCCUGGCGAGGUUGUCCCGCACCUGGGGAUUCCCUUGCGGCUGCUCAAUGUGCACUCAAAGGGACUUGAUCGCCGAGGAGUCCGACUCGCGCCUGGAGCAGAUCGCCGAGCUGCGCAAGGAGUUCCACGACUACACCCCAUCGUCGCGCGCCACGCCGCAGAUGGCCGAGCUCAUGGUCAGCCUAUACCAGCAGGAGCGCCUGGACCUGAUGCUCUACGAGGCCUUCACCUACGCCGCCAUCGAGUACAACGGCGUCGGCGAGCCGUGGAUGGCAACCAAGUACGCCCGCCUGGCCGUAGAGUACGGCCUAGCUAGCGUCGGCCCCAAGGACAACGACGUCAUCGAGAUGGACAACCUCGUCCUCGACCCCUUCAAGCACUGGAGCUGGAUGCUCAGGACCAGCAAGCGCAUGAGCUGGGGCAAGAAGAGGGACGAUUAAGCUGGUCCCGAAUAUCCUCGUAGGUCUCGGGGCUUUAACUCGUCUUUUACGGCGAUACUUGGCCUGCGCGAGAUCGGGGACGACGGGCUCCUUAUUGCACGAUAUUAUUCGAAGCUCAACAGAAGAAAAAAAAACCUGCUUAUGUUUUUGGGUGGCUGGCGUCUUGGGUGAGGCAAUUUGAAUUUUGGAUAUAAUUUUGUAUGAUUUCUGUUUUGUAUUCUUACCCGUAGACCGGGUCCGGUCUCAUGACUCGGGAGUUUAGGUGAUAACCUUGAUCUAUUACAUUCAUACUUUUAUCACAAAACUUGACCUUGAUCCACA